GAGGGCAGGUGAUGUGAUCCGAUACGGGCGGCCGGAUGCAGCUACGGGCGGACGGGCACUUAAAAGCGGCUGUCAACCUCGUCCCUUCUCGCUACCGUUUGUGUAUCGUCGUGGGAGCGGAGGUGCAGAAGCCCCGAGGCUGAGCAAAGCGCAAGAAACGAGGGGCUUGAAUACUCCACCCAUGACAUCAUCGACUUUCUCAAGUUCAUUUUGUCCCCAGCUCGCGCUUUCAUCUGUUGCAUUUGAUCUGUGAAGCAGUGGGUGCAGUUCAGAGUUGAAGGAAGAGGCCUGCCAUUGCAGACUCUAUCACCGCAGUGUAUUUCCAGUCAGCCAUGAUGUCGGUACAAACUCCUCCUCUCUCCCGCUCUGGCUCCUCCCCCUCUAAUGUGGGUAUGGCCAAUCGCAGCGGCCCCUCCUCAGCUCCUCCCAACUCCCUCAGCCUUCGCUCCUCAUACAACCAGUUGCUUGGGCGAGACGUCAUCAAGGAGUCCAUGGAAACAGGAAGUUCGGCCACCUUGCCAAAGACCCGUCAGAGGCACACGAUGACCAGUGGACGGAGCGCCAUGGGGAUAAGUGACAACUUGUCAUCUAAAAACCAACCUGUAACCAGAGGGAGGGGGCUCCCCACCAAGUCCUCCUCCAGUUCUGCACUCUACUCCUCAUCAUCAUCCUCCUCGCUGUUUAAUACAACCAACCCAAAACUGGCCAAGAAUGGGGCCAACAUGCAGAGAAGAGCUGAGAGUCAGCAGCAGGAGCUGAGCAGGGCCAAUACAGAGGGCAAAAUUCACAACGAUCUCAUCAAUAACCCCAGCUCUGACUGGCUGGAGUUGGGAAAAGACAAUUCACAGCUGCCCCCAUUCCGUAGAAGGACCAAGAGCUUCUUGGACUAUCAUGGGAAGGGCUGGGAUCUGGACCAUAGUUGGGGAAACAAAGAGGACAACGAGGAGAAGAAGCAGCAGCUUUCCCCAGAAAACAAGCAGCAGCCUUCCCCAGAGAAGGAGCAGGCCAGCACUGCCAAGGAGAGAGAGAGCCAGAAGGAAGAGAAGCCCAUCAACAAGCAGACCUGCCAGGAAGAGGUGGUGCCAGUGGUAGAAGAAGAGGAGGAGGAGGAGGAGGAGGAGGAGGAGGAGGAGGAGGAGGAGGAGGAGGAUGAACCCUCACCUACACCAAGACAGCCCCUGCUACCGGUGCUUUUGGAAGCUCCUCUCUCCCCCACGUCCUCCUCUUCCAGCAACAGCCCAGAGUGGGUCCCAGACAACCAAAACCUCCUCCAGAAACAUGCUCCGGCCCAGGUCAGAGAGGAGCUCUGUGCCCAGGUGCAGGUUGGUCCACGUAGUCCUGCAAAGCCUCCUCGGAGCUCCCAGCCUCGGGUCAUCAAGGUUGAGCUGCACCCCAACAAUGAGAACCAGUUCCUGCAGCAGUACCCACCUUCUUCCCCUAAGCUGGCCCGUGCUGUAGAGAGGAGCACUCCUACCAGUACCCGGGUGCCCCCUGCCCUGACAGAUCCUGAAGCAGAGACUGGGCUCCCUAAAGUGGGCUUAAGAAUGGAUCUGACUCCUGAAAGUCCUUCAGAGGAUGAAGACUCGAGCUGGACCACCCUGUCCCAGGAGACACCCUCUCCUCAGACUCCACGGGAGACAGCAGAUGUAUGGAGCGAUGGGGACCUGCCUCCAGGCUGGCGGGAGAUCUCAGACUCAUCAGAGAUCUAUUUCUGGCACAUCCCCACCGGCACCACACAGUACCACCGACCUGUUGCCUCCAGCGAUGAGCAGACCCCUCCAAGCAAUGAGCCAGAUACUGAGCACGGCCCUAUACAGGAAGAGCACGACUCUUUAAAGCCCUCCAACGAGCGCCCCAGCAGUCUGAUAUCUGACAGCUCAGUGGAGCCGGUGCCCUCCCCCUCUGGCUCCUCCCCCUCCUCCUGCUCCUCCACACCCUACGAUGAUGUCAUUUCAUCUGGACCAAAUCUCAACAUCACCUCCUGCGCAGCCAGCGAGCUGAAGGACUAUCCAGUCUAUCCAGAUCCCAGUCUGAAGGCGUUUGAAGGGGCUACCCUCCGCUACGCUUCCCUUAAUCUCAAUGCCCCAGUCCAGCUAGAGACAGUGGACCUCAAUAACACCUUCUCCGGUCCCGAGGCAAUGUCAUUUCCAGUACGCUCUCUGGGCUGGAUGGAGAUGGCAGAACAGGACCUGUGUGAGGGCAGGAGCAGCGUGGCCGUCCACCACUGUAUCAGACAGCUGUCCUACUGCAGGAGAGACAUACGAGACUUUGCCGGCGUCUGGGGAGAGGGUAAAGGGAUGCUGCUGGUGCUUCAGGACCGCAUGUUGACGCUCGUUGACCCGGAUGAUCACAGCUUGCUCCACUCUCAGCCAAUCAGUAGCAUCCGUGUCUGGGGCGUCGGCCGCGACCACGACAGGGACUUUGCCUAUGUGGCGAGAGACAAAAACACGCGGGUGCUGAAAUGCCACGUGUUCAGAUGUGAUACUCCUGCCGCAGCCAUCGCCACUAGUCUCCACGAAAUCUGCUCCAAGAUUAUGGCUGAAAGGAAAAGUGCCAAGGCUGCAGCUGGCAGCUCCUCCCAGACUGGCUCCGAUGUACCCUUACAAGAGUUUCCCUUGCCAAAGACUGAGUUGGUGCAGAAGUUUCAUGUGCUGUACAUGGGAAUGACGACUGUGUCUCGCCCCAUAGGGAUGGACGUCAUAAAUGGAGCCUUAGAAAGCCUCCUGUCCUCCACAGGCAAAGAGGACUGGACUCCAGUCAUAUUGAGUAUUGCUGACACGACUCUGGCUGUCAUCAAAGAAAAGGAAGAGGAAGAGGAGGUGUUGAUUGAGUGUCGAGUCCGUUUCCUGUCCUUCAUGGGCGUGGGACGAGAUGUGCACUCAUUUGCCUUCGUUAUGGACACUGGGAACCAGCAUUUCCAGUGCCAUGCUUUCUGGUGCGACCCCAAUGCAGGAAAUGUGUCUGAGGCUGUGCAGGCAGCCUGCGUACUGCGGUAUCAGAAGUGUCUGGUGGCACGGCCGCCCUCCCAACGCGCCGGCUCCUCAACCUCGCCCUCUGCGGACUCAGUGACCCGCCGGGUGACCACCAGUGUGAAGCGGGGCGUUCUGUCUCUCAUAGACACUCUGAAACCCAAGAAACAGCCGUCAGAACUCCCCCAGCAAUGACCGUCACCGUGACAACUGCACACCUGGACGCCACUCACACACUGUCGCCACGACAACACCUAAUCAGUACCAGCCAUGGUAACCAACAAUGUACAUAUAUGUUAACACACACCACCGCAGAUGAAGGGGAAGAACAAUCCUUCUGUCCGCCUGAUAAUAUUAAAAAAAUGAGAAGGAAACUGCUGUUUCGCGAGGAAAGAAAAGUUGAUUUCAGUGAUCGACCUUUGAACCCUGCUGUGUCUAAGUGUAAACCACCUGCUGGCUUCAUAUGUUCUCACUGUAUGUGGAUUUCUUGAUGGAAAACUAAUUUAAACUCUCUACGGACAUCUACAGGAUUAGAAAAAAGGAAAAGAUCACAUUUCUAUUAAUGAAAGGUUUAUGGAACCACUCAUUGGUGCACUCCAUUUUCUUUCAUGCUACUUCCCUUAAUGUAAAAACAUACAUCAAUACAGUAAGACCAACUGGACGCCUGAGGCAUCAGCCUACAGGAGCCUUCCAGGACUGAAAAGAUGUCGACAUGAUGUCAAGGGAUUUUAAAAGAAGAAAAGAAACCAAGAGCAGACAACACGCUCCAUUCCACCAAACGGCAUUAAAAUAUUUUGUCCCUUCGAUAUACGUCAGACUUAAAACACACAUCCCCUCGAGGAUGAUUGAAAUGAUUGUAAUAAUGAAGUGUAUGUAAAUUAUUGUAUGUAGGAAGAGAAGAUUUAGGGCACAAAACUUGUAGAUAUGAGGGACAGAUGAGAUGUUGGAGAAAAUGAGACAGAUGUGGGUUUUGAUUUUGCAUGUUUUCUUGAUGGGAUGUUUUAUGUUAAUGAGUUUAAAAAGCUCUCGCGACACACACACACACACACACACACACGAUGCUCUUAGCAAGACAUCUUCACUUUACCAUAACUGGAUUCACACUAAAUUUGGCAUUUUCUGACCCAUACCUGAAUAAAAGGUUACUCUCAGCUCAAUUUACAGAAUCACAAUUAAAGAUUGUAAGUCAACACAUUUGAAUUUCCAUAACUGAUGAAUAAAGGGAUCAGCAAACCAAAUGUAAUCAUUUUUUAUGUAUUUUGAAGCUUUUAAUUAGUUAAGAUUGUAAUUUGCAUCAAUUGUAAAGAAAGUAAUUUUUUAGGGUUCAAGAAUGUUACAUUGGUUAUGUUCAAACUUAGCAUUUCCUCAGGAAUCUUUAUGCAUACACCUAAGACUUAUGUGGUAGCAGGAAUAUCCAGAUCCAGGCUUUGACCUUGGCAGAUGUGAAGCGCUCGGGUAUAUGAACAGUGUUUCCUCGGCUCAGACAGCAUUGAAAAUAUCAAAUCGUUGCCAAGGGUAAUCUGUGUAAGGGUUAACUUUAUUUUUCUCUUCCUCUGUAAAUCCAGCCAGUCUGCUCCCACCCACAAAGAAAAAAACACAUUCAGCAGUAGGGGAAAAAAAGUGCUGUCACACUGCUAUCGAAACCUUUACACUGCUUCUAUAGCUCGUGGCUACAACCUGCACUCCAAGUGAACUCUGAAUGCAGUUCGAUCUGAAUGGAAAAGACACACACACAUGAAGAGAAAGAGAAAGAUGCUCUAAAUCAUUUCAGUUCUGUUCUUCACUCAUCUCGACACCAUGUAAAUGUAAUCUGUUGUGACAAUAAAUGCAUUACCAAAAA